AUGUUAUGUCAAGAAGAUAACCGCGUCGUCUUCAAGUAUGACAGCGAAACUCUUUGGGUUGAACCAUGGGGCCCUAAUGCUUUUAGGGUCCGAGCCUUCAAGUCCAGCAUCUUACCUUAUGAAAUACAAGCCUUAAGCCUCGCCCCGCCUAUAACCCACAGUCCGGAGAUACACAGUACCCCGGAAGGCGUUGCAAUCACCCAUGGGAAGAUCAAGGCAACUAUAACUAACAGAGGUAAACUGACCCUCGUUAACUCGCAGUCAAACGCCGUCAUUCUCGAGGAAUACUCAAGAAACCGUCAUGACCUACUCGAUGAAAAGUGCAGCGCGUUAGAGAUUCAAGCUCGAGAAUUUAAGCCAAUCGUUGGUGGGGACUACCAUGUCACUACGCGAUUUGAGAGCCAGGAUCCCAACGAAAAGAUUUUUGGGAUGGGUCAAUACCAACACCCUUACCUUGAUUUGAAGGGGCUAGAUAUUGAGCUUGCGCAUAGGAAUUCCCAAGCAACCGUGCCCUUCGCUCUGUCAUCUCGGGGGUACGGAUUUCUUUGGAAUAACCCUGCCAUCGGGCGCGCUGUAUUUGGAAAGAACAUCAUGAGCUUCGAGGCUUACGCCACAACAGCGAUCGACUAUUGGAUCUAUGCUGGUGACCGCCCCGCUGAGAUUGUCGAGGCCUACAUGGCCGUCACUGGAAAACCACCAAUGAUGCCUGAAUACGGAUUAGGUUUCUGGCAGUGUAAGCUUCGGUAUGAAAGUCAAGAAGAAUUGCUCCGAGUUGCGAGGGAAUACCGCCAGCGGCAACUCCCGAUCGACGUUAUCGUGGUUGACUUUUUCAUUGGCCAAUGCAAGGAGAAUGGAAAUUUGACCCCAAGUAUUGGCCAGAUCCUAGAGUUAAAGUCUCUCGGAAUCGAGUUGAUGGUUUCUAUCUGGCCGACAGUCGAUAAGCGAUCAGAAAAUUUUAGUGAAAUGGUCGAAAAGGGCUUGCUUAUACGCACCGAGCGAGGCAUACGAACUAGCUUCGACUUUGAAGGGCAAACGCUCUAUUACGAUACCACUAACUCACAAGCGCGGGACUUCGUUUGGGCUAAAGUAAAGGAUAAUUACUACUCUCACGGUAUCAAAACCUUUUGGCUAGACCAAGCUGAGCCCGAAUUCUCUGCCUACGACUUCGACAACUAUCGCUACCAUCAGGGCCCGGCCUUAAAGGUUGGAAAUAUUUAUCCCCGCGAGUAUGCACGAACAUUCUAUGAGGGCAUGAAGAAAGUAGGUGGUAGCGAUUCUAUUGUGAACUUACUUCGCUGUGCUUGGAUCGGUAGCCAAAAGUAUGGGGCUCUUGUUUGGAGCGGGGAUAUUGCCUCGUCGUGGCCAAGUUUCCGGAAUCAACUAGCGGCCGGCCUAAAUAUGGGCAUGGCUGGGUUGCCCUGGUGGACUACAGAUAUUGGCGGCUUCCACGGAGGUGAUCCGGAGGAUAGUGGCUUUCGCGAGCUCUUUAUCAGAUGGUUUCAAUGGGGCGCCUUCUGCCCGGUUAUGCGCCUCCAUGGGGAUCGGGAGCCAAAACGCGGUGUGCAUACAUCGAGCAGUGGGGCAGACAACGAGGUCUGGUCCUACGGUCCAGAGGCUUACGAGAUAUGUAAGAACAUGCAGCUCGGCCUGAUGGCUCGCGGUAGGAGGUACCUCUUUCCCAAAUGGCUUAAAAUCCGCGUAGUAGAGGGUGUUUUUGAGGACGUCGACAUCUUGGUAGAGGAUGAUUUUAACGAGGUUAAUGUCGUGGUAGAGGAUUGUUUUGUAGAGGUCGAUGUUAUAGUAGACGAUGACUUCGAAGAUUUCGAUGUUGUCGAGGAUGACUUUAGCGACGUCGACGUUGUACCAGAGGACGACUUCGAAAAUUCCGAUGUUGCCGUCGAGGAUGACUUCAUAGAGGUUGAUGUCGUGCUAGAGGGCGACGAUUCUUCAGUCGUCGAUGGCACCUCAGAACUCGCUGGCUCCUCGGAGGUCAAUUUGCUCCGAGAGCUACUAGAGCCAUCCGAACUACUCUUUGAACUUUCAGAACUUUGCUUUUGGGUCACCAGUGAUGUGGAUGACUGGGUCGAGGACGAUAAAUCCGAGGAGGGCUCGACGUAG